UUGAAAUUCGAUAAUAAAAAAAAACGGAAAAAAAAGAAGCCCUGUCGAGGGCAAACGAACGAACGAUCUGAAGAGAGGGCAUCUCACUGAAACCUUAAACCCUUGCUUCCUCCUCCUGGAUCACCACACCCUCUCUCUCUAACCACUUAGGUUUCAGUUUUACGAUUCGUUUGCUAAUUUCUCUACCCUUCACAGCUGGGUCUUCGCAUCAAUGGCGUACAGGCGUAGUAUCUCAACAAGAUUCACCCUCCUCGCUCGAGAACGUUUCACCCUUUCAAUUCCACUCAUUCAUUGCGACGACAAUGAUCACAAAUCCCACCAAAAAGAUCGAAAUUUUAACACUCUCCAUCAACACCAAUCCUUCGGAAGCCGAAUCAACACUUUUGCAGGGUUUAAUACUUCAUUUCAAGACCAGAGAUGGUCUCAAUUCUCUAUUUCUCCGAUGCUGGGAUCGGUUUUGGGUAGGCACAUGUCCACGGCUGUCGGCGAAGGGGCUGACAAAAUUGAGUAUAUGGCCGAUGUUGCCGAAGUGCUUGCCGAUAAAACUGCUGAGGUUGUGGCUUGUGCUGCCCCUGCUGCGAAUGAAGUUGCGAUUGCCGCUGCGGAUUCCGCUUUUCCUGUGGCAGCUUUGCAGUAUUUGAUCGACAAUGUUCAUUCGUUUACAGGAUUUGAAUGGUGGGCAUCCAUAGUUGUGACGACUCUUCUCAUUCGAGGGGCAACAAUUCCACUUUUGAUAAACCAGCUCAAGUCUACUACAAAAUUGAGUCUUUUGAGGCCACAAUUGGAGGAGAUUAAGCAAGAGAUGCAAGAUAGGGGCAUGGAACCUAAAGCCGUGGCUGAAGGUCAGCAACGAAUGCAGGCACUAUUUAAGGAAUACGGUGUUACUCCAUUUACACCAUUAAAGGGUCUCCUUUUCCAAGGUCCUGUCUUCGUCAGUUUUUUCCUUGCUAUUUCAAACAUGGUAGAAAAAGUUCCUUCAUUCAAACAUGGUGGAGCAUACUGGUUUACAGAUUUGACAACUCCAGAUAGUAUGUAUAUCUUUCCAGUUUUGACAGCACUGUCAUUCUGGAUAACAGUGGAGUGCAACAUGCAAGAAGGUAUGGAAGGUAAUCCUGCUGCUAAAACCAUGAAAAAUGUUUCAAGGGUCUUUGCUAUUGUUACAGUUCCACUUACGAUGACUUUCCCGAAGGCUAUAUUUUGUUAUUGGAUAACUUCCAACCUGUUCUCGCUUACGUAUGGAUUAGUGCUUAAAGUUCCUGGGGUGAAGAAGUUCUUGGGUGUUCCUCAAAUACCUGUUGGGCCACCGCCGCCGACUACUGAAGAGAAACCUGCCUUUUCUUUUUUUGAAACACUCAAAAAGUUUGCAGAAGCACAGAAAGUUAAUUCAUCAGCAAUUGAAGCACCAAAGACUGCAGUGAAUCCAAGAAUAUCUUCCUCAUCGGUUACGAGUCAGAGGCUAAGAAGCUUAGAGAAGCAAGUGAAGGGAAGAAAGAAGAACAAGAAGAGGUGAACUGAUGUUCUUUUAUAAAAGUUGAACCAUCUAAUGCUGGUUAUCAGAAUAAAUGUAUUGUUAAAUUGGUGAUCCAUUCAAAUUUAUUCAGUGAGACAAGGUUUAGAAUGCCAGAGAGAGAGAGAGAGAGAGAGAGCUGCUUUUUUGGUUGUUCUGAUAGGUUAAAUAGUCAUAGAAAGUGGUAGUCAUUUUGGUAGUUGAAUUAGAAAAUUUGAGAGUUCUCUCAGCUUUAGCUCUAGUGGGAAUAACAUAUGAAAUUUUAUUUGGUACUUAUAUGUUGUUAUCAAUAUUUGAUAAUUUCAUGUUCAAUGUCUGAAGCACAAACAAAUGCUACUUGAUUUCUGUUUACUUCACAUUUAUUACCCACAAGUUCAAUGGGUGUC